UUCUCCCGGAGAUUCGGCCGUGCACUUGAAGGCAUCACACCGAGGGCGGUGCAGGUCUGAGCAGCUUAGCCAGCAAGUUAGCUUAGCUUGUUAACCAGUGGAGCUAAUCUCCGCGGCCAGAUCCUCUUCGCGUCGCGCCGCUUCAGUACGGCCACCACCCGAAGCACACCGCGGGACAAUGGAGGGAGAAAUUCACAAAAUGGAGCCCACGGAAAGUGAGCAAGACGAGGAGGAAGAUGUAUACGAAGUGGAGAGGAUCAUUGACAUGCGUGUGGAGGAGGGGGAGGUGCUCUACAGAGUGCGCUGGAAGAACUACUGCUCGGAUGACGACACCUGGGAGCCCGAGGCCCACCUGGAGGACUGCCGGGAGGUGUUGUUAGCGUUUAAGAAGGCCGCCACUGACGCCAAGAGAGAAGCGGAGGCCAGGAAGGUUGUGCAGAAACCGCUGCCCGCAAAGAGCGACGUGUUUGACGCCGACUCGGAGAGUGACAGCGACAAAGAUCGGCCCAGCGCGGCGCCCGUCAAGAAGAAGAAAAAGAAGAAGGUGCGGGAAGAGGAGGAGGAUGAGGAGGAGGAGCUGCAGCCUCGGAAGGAGAAGAAGAAGAAGAAGAAGAAAGAUAAGUGGAGGGAUGAGUUCAAGCCCGUGCCGGCGCCGGAGACCGACGAGGACGAGGUGAUGCCGCCGUCCCCUUCCCUGCCGAAGGAGAAGCCGGCAGAGCAAAAAAAACGUCUGAUUGACUCGGAUGACGAGGACGAUGAGCCAGCCCCACCAAAGAAACCCAAGAAAGACAAAGGCAAAGAUGGAGGGAAGCACAGGAAAGACAGAGAGGACGAGGGGAAGAAGAAGAAAGCAAAGAGAGAACAGAAGCUUGAGUCUUCUGAAGACGACGCCCCUGCCGCCCCCCACGAGGACGAUCUAAGUGAGGGCCUCUCAGACUCCCAACAGGAGGAGGAGACACAGGCCGAGGCUGUGACAAAACCCCCUGAGAAGGUCCGCGGAGACGACAAAUCCAAACACAAGAAGGGCAAGUUGGAUGUCAAGCUGCAGGGCAUCAAGGAUCUCAUCCAGGACAGGAAGGGCAAGAAGACCGAGGUCUUGCUGAAGGAGAGCAGCCUCCACAAACUGAAGAGCCUCACGUCCAAAGGCAGGGAGGAGGCCGGGCGGCACUCGUCCGACUCCAGCGACAGCUCCAGCCUGCACAAGAAGGCCAAGAGCAAAAGUCAGGAGGGCGCCUCCGCACCGACCAAGACCCCCUCAUCCGCCUCCGUGACCUCGUCCGGCGCCACAGCAGGCAAGGUCAAAGAGGACGAGGCCUCCAAAGACGACUCGUCGGGACAGAAAGACGCCAAAGGCUCCACCAACCUGUUUGAGACCUUCUUGUUGAACUGCGAGGCAAAGGACAGAGCCCCCCGGAGGCCGCCAACGCACCCGGCCACCUCAGACCGGAGCAGCAACAAGCCCCCCAAGGUGGUUGGAAAGAUUGAGAAGAUCUCCAAGCCAAUCCGAGAGUCUCCGUCACGGAAGGAGCCCGAAAGGAUGGAAAAGACCAAGCAAACAGAAGUCGCAUCCAAGCCCAGCCAGAGUCACGGCUUCAGCCUGGACAGCGACGAGAUGGAAGGACAGGAGCCGGCAACAAAGCCCCGGGACGAGCGCCGGGAGAGGCCCGAGGAGAGCUUGCGGCCGAGCUGGGAGAGGAAGGGGCAGAUGGACGACCGCCGAAAGAGGAGGGAAGACAGUGAGCCCAGACUCCUCGUGGCAGGUGAUGACCACGUGGACCGCCAGGACUCGCUGGAGACCACUGACAAAUCUGACAAAGGUCCGGCCACCAUGAGUUUAGGAAUGGAUCUCAGCCUGGACUGGUUGACCCUGGACGACUUUCAGAAACAUCUGAAUGGAGAGGACGAGAUCCUAUCGGCUGCCCCGCUGUCACCCAGCGAGUUGCGAGACGCCGUGAAAAGCGGAGAUUACAUGGCUGUGAAACUGGCCCUUAAUUCCAAAGAGGAGUACAAUUUGGACCAAGAGGCAUGUACAAUUGGUGAGAGGAGCUCACUUGAAGGAAAGAGGAGCUCGAUGGAAGACGGAGGUCCACAGGAGGCUUUUUUAAAUGGGCCGCAAGGUGGCGACUGUGCAAGUACAGUCUCGGCAGCGCUUGAAGACAUCCAGAAAGAUGCGAGUGAAUCUCAAACAACUCUUUAUGCUUCAUAUUUACACCAUGAAAGUCAAGGAAGCGGGAUGUCAGAAGACACAAAAGCCGAUUCAUCAAAUAAUUUGAGGCUGACCUUUGACAUUCAAAAGCCACCCACGAAUGUAGAGAAUAGGCUGACUAAGGACUUCAACCUGAAGGCGCAGACCAACGUCCAACCUGAAGGCGCAAACUACUCAACUGACGCAAACGAGGUCGCGGCGGGUCACUCCGAUAGCGCAGCUCGAGCCUCGCAAAUCACGGGUCCAACCAGAAGAUCAUGUCGCACAAGGAAAAGUGUUGAAGCCAAACAACCGACACGAACAAGUCAAAGGGCGUGUAAGAAGGUGGUUCGGUCAGCGGAAGCCACAAGUGAGGAGGAAGACAUGGAAAAGGAGCCAAGAAAAAAGCACUUCUGUUUAUAUUGCAAGAUGCCUUUCACUCAGUUGGCCAAACAUUUGGAAAAGAAACAUGGCGAUGAAACGGACGUGGCGCACGCCAUCCACUUUCCCAAAGGCUCCAAGGUCAGACAGACCUUGCUGGACCAAAUACGCAAUAACGGCGAUUAUCAGCAUCAUUCCAAAGCUCCAAAAAACCAAGAGGAAGAAGUGGCCCAAAAGGAGUCGACAAGGCCAAAAAUAUGCGUUCGGGAUUUCCUACCAUGCCAGCACUGCUACACUUUUUACCGCAAAACUGAUCUGUGGCGACAUGAGCACUCUUGCAAGGCCAGAAAGGGUGAUGACAAACCCCCAGAAAUGGCCAAGAAGGGGGGAGGUGCCACCCACGGCACCACCCACGGCACCACCCACGGCACCACCCACGGCACCACCGCACAGCUGCUUCCGAUGUGCGAGUUCCUAACAAAAGGAUGCAAGGAGAUCAUCCACAUCAUGCAUCAGGACGACAUCGCCAGGCAUGUCAGAAACGACCCGCUCAUUUGCAAGUACGGCAGUGCCUUAUCCGCAAAGUACGACCACGACAAGUCUCAGUUUGCGUACAUCGGACAAAAGAUGAGAGAGUUGGGUCGCUUCAUGAUUGCGGUCAACGAGCUGGACAAAGGUGUGCAGUAUUUGCAUGAACUGUGUCUCCCGUCAAGGUUUGAAUUGGCUGUGGAGGGGGCCAAAAAAGCCAGUGGCUUUGAUCCAAGCUGCAGUAAGUUUAAAACCUUUUCCCUUGUUUCCAAGAUCGGGUACUCCUUGAAACGAGCAGCAGAAAUCGCCUUUGGCGAAAGUCGCAUGACCGAAGAUAGCCAAACCGAAAGCGCGGUCAAGCAAUUCAUACAGCUGGUGGACACAAAAUGGAGCCGCUGUUUUUCCCGCAAAUCUCUGUCAUCCUCAAAGCAGGAGGUCAGGAAAGCGCAAGUGGACACGUCCAGUGUGACGGAGGAUUUGAUCAAACUCUACCGGUUCAUCACGGAAGAGGAAGAUGAAGCAAGGAAGGAGCUCAAGGAAAGUCCCAGUGUGGCCAAUUGGAAAAAGCUGAGCGAGGCCACACUGGCCGACGUCUGCCUCUUCAACAGAGCGCGGGUAGGAAAUAUCGGUAGACUGCUCUUGCAUACUUACACCAGCAAAAGGUGCAGUGGUGCGUUUGUGCCUUCUGCGGAUCAGAUGAAGAAAUGCACCAAGCUGGAGGUGGAACUUGGCGACCACUUCACUCGGUUGGAACUGGAAGGGCAGUAUGGAAGGAAUAUGUUGGUUCUGCUUACCCAAAAGAUGAGUCUGUCGCUCGACCUGCUGGUGGAAAACCGCCAGGAUGCCGGCGUAUCAAGAAGUAACCCUUACCUGUUUGCACGUACCGAGGGGCCAUCCUUCAUCCGAGGACUGGACUGCUUUCGAAGGGCUACGGUGGAAAGCGGGGUGAAAAACCCCGAAGCGCUCCUGUCCCCCUCAUUGAGAGCGCAAAUUGCCAACUGCUGGCAGCUAAUGAGCCUCGGCGAGCGCCAGUUGGAUGGCGUCGCCAAGCUGCUAAGAAAGAGCAGCCAGGAGUGUCACGCGUUGGCCAAAAAUGCGUCGCAGCUGGAGGAAGCGAGUAAACAGUUGCUCCACUUGGACCGAACAAGACUGGCGGUUUCAGAUGGCACGUCGAGCGCUGGAACCCCAUCAAAGGCCGCUCUGAAGAGACGACCCUGGAGUGAGAAGGAGCAGGCGGCCGUCAAACGUUACAUGAGUGAAUUUUUAAGAAAGAUGAAGGUCCCAGGCAAAAAGGAUUGCAACGCUUGCAUAGCUGCUGAACCAGAUCUCUGUGGAAGAUCUUGGACAGAUAUCAAAAACUAUGUCCACAACAGCAUCCAGACCGUACGCAGGAGAAGUAACCAGCACAAGGAUGAAAGGGAUGGUGAAAAAGAUGUGAAGCCAAAGACACCAGCAGCUGAGGUCCAAACCAACGCCAGGACAGAUUUGGAAGACCAGGCUGUUGGUUGUAGCAUGUCUUCAGGGCUUCCACAACACUUGAGAGAAAGUUCCGAAUGUUGCAUGACCAUGGAACCGCACACAAACCUGAGGGAGCCAACCCAGUACGGCCAGGAGAUGCCUUUAACGUAUACGUCCUUGUGUUCCGCCAGCGCAAAUAUGCUCCACGCAGGUCAGCCUUUGAUGUCCUCGUUCACGCCGCUCAAUGCUACGGAUACUCAAGUAGUUCCCACGUUCACGCCGCACAGCACGACGGAUGCCCUGUCUCCCGUGUACACAACAGACAACAGUCUUCACUCGAUGGCAACUCCAUAUUCACAAAACUCCUUGAGUGUAGCACAUCCUUCCAUGUAUGCCCCCCAGGACCAUUUACAUGCCCCCAUGCUGCCUGCUUUUAGUCCACAUAGUGUUCCAGGUACCUCAAUGCUUCCUACGUACACACCAUUGAACUCUCCCAGUCCGCCAAUGGUCCCUGCUUUCUCCUCACCCGGAAGCGAUAGAAGUAGGAUGAUGAUGUCCUCGUUCGCCCCUCUGAACCACACCAGUUCACCUUCCUACCCAACGAGUCCACCAAGGACUUCAAUGACUGCCCAGGUUGUCCCAACAGUCCACGGAGCUGGCACUCACACCAGAUCGCCUCUGGUUCAGGAAAGACCCUCCCCUUCCACCCCGAGGAAACAAGCCCCCCAGUCCGCUAAGCCGCAGAAGAGAAACAAAAGGUUGUGGAGCGGGGAUGAGCAGGCGGCGGUCAGGCGCCAGUUUGGAGACUUUAGUAAACUGGUCAAAGUGCCAGGCAAGAAGGACUGCGAUGCCUGCCUGGUGGCCGAACCCGCCCUAAGUAGCCGCACGUGGAGGGAGGUCAAAUAUUAUGUACACAACUCCAUUCAGUCAAUCAGGAGACGAGGCCACGUGGCUGUCCCGCAGCAAGUGGAAGAACCCAAGCAGCAACUGGACACUCCCAUGCCGACCGUGGAGUGGGACGCUCCUGUCUAUCUGUCACUGUAAAUAGUACUAACAAAGGUUUUUUACAUGUACUGAAACAUCAUUACUGUUUGGCAUACGGCGGGUCAGAUGUCAUCCGUUGGCUUCCACCAACCUUUCGUUAGCCAUCCUCAUCUGUCCAAUAGGUACAGAGUGCCUGGUCCUCCUGAUUGAUUGGGAAUCCAAGUCCACCAGAAGCAGCUACUGGUAGUUUAGUCCUGCAUGAACAACACCUCAGUAGUUCGGAGGAGGAGAGCAUUGCUUGCAGCCUCGGCUGUGCAGCGUGGCUAGUUUGUGAAUACUCUACGAUCAAUGUGGAAGGGUGUCUGUCAGUGUUUACAUUUGUGGUCACGGCGAACCUCGUUGGUCGUGGUUAGCCAGCAGCAUCCACCGGCGAAGCUUUGCACCCGGUCCUUCUGAUAGUUGUUGUUGAUAACCUUAGUGUGAUUCUCACAGUGUAUGUUACAUGUUACACUUAGCCCACCGCUCGAGUUGGAUCCUGAUAUUUAUUCUUUUUCUGUGUAUUGAAAAGGUUGCUGAAGUAGCUGUGUAUAACAGGUUCAGUACUUACUGAGAGACCCACUACCAAUCUGAACUUGUUUGAAAGGGAUUUGUGCCUUCUUUGUUUGCUCGUACCACGCAGCAUUGGCCAGCACGCUGGCCCAGAAAGGAAGUGCAGAUGUGACAGCCAUUGAUUUGUUCCUCCAAUCUUGUAAAUACAUUGAAGGAGUGGCAGCGGCAUCGUGGGUGCCCUGAAACGGUAUUUUAUGAAAGCGGCUUCCAGGGUAGGAAAAUCUGUCACGUUACCACAACAUUGUCCUGGUAUUUUUUUGUCCCAUACUCCCAAGUGACUCACUUGUUGUCAUCUGGACGUGUUCCCCACCAUCUUGUUUUUGUUUGGUGGAGCAACCACCCUUACACGCCUGCGUUCUCUCUUCGCCUGUAUUUCUGUUGUGGUUCCGCCUGUCUGUUCACAGCGCCACAUGUCGGGGUGCCUGAUGUAUGCCGUUGUUUUCACCCAGGCUUCAUCGUGCUGCGACACCCCCAAAGCAUUCUUACCUUGCCGCAAUAUCCACAUGGCCCCGCACAGAUUUUUUUGACGUUCAUUUGUGUUCUUUACCUCCUGCCAAAAAGUUUCCCCAAACAGAAGCAUCCUCCCCGCGGAGGUGUCCGGGGCAGGUCCGACCAACCUGGACGAGCUCGCCUCGGGGGCCGACAGGGGUAGCUGGACAAAGUGGCAAUGGAGAGGGAAGUCUGACCUUGGUUAGGCCGUACCAGACCUCGGAUAAGCAUUAGAAGAUGGAUGGUCGGUCGCCAUCGGUCACUACUGCUACACAGCAAGCUAAACAGCUAGUCAGCUGUGGUUGAUCAUUUGCAACCACACGUGCACCCCCGCAUCAAGAUGCGUCAGCGGAGCGACUACGCUGUAGCAUAAUGAAGCCUUUUCCAGCUUGGUGUUGCUUUUGUGCUCGUUUGCCAUCAAGCUGUCCAUGGCAUCCAUCACCAAACCAGCUGAGCCGGCAGCCGUGCCUUUAAAAGGCUAGCUAGCUGGGUCCCACACUUGCCUUUGUUCCUCUGCAGUGUUCCAUUCAAACUUUGGUAUUGGUGACCGUGCUCCCUCGCCAUACCUGUUGGCUCUUCUACACACAGUCAUAACCACCUCCAGCCUGUCUGCCACCGUCGUCCAGGUAUUUCAGUAUGUUGUUCUCAAAUAGAUAUCUCGUUACUGUAUGUUUGUAUAAGUUGCCUUGUCGCCCCAGUUAAUGCCUUUUAUCAUGUAUUGUAAGAAACAUGGAUCCUCUGCUUGUACAAUAAAACAUUUCUUUCAUGUCCAUUUGAUUCGGUCAUCACUUGUCUGUCGUCACAUGUCUCCAGUCCUCGCCAACGCAGGUGGCACAAUGUCUCCAGUCCACGCCAACGGAGGUGGCACAAUGUCUCCAGUCCACGCCAACGCAGGUGGCACAAUGUCUCCAGUCCACGCCAACGCAGGUGGCACAAUGUCUCCAGUCCUCGC